GAUCGGGUCCUCUCUAUCUCAGUCCUUUUCUAUGGUGUCUUCUGUGGGUCGCUCUAGCCUGCCAGGAAGCGGUGAGAUGCAGUGCCGGCCUUUCUAGGCUUCGGGAGACUACAGAGGCCGUCUCGCUGGUCGUGAGGUCGGCUAUGGGGUCCUUGCGCAAAACGCUGAUGGCAGUCGCAAUAGUCGGUGCAUGGGCUGGCGUGGGCUCCACACUCUUUGUCCUUGUGACCCCGGGAAAGGAGCAGGUUCAGGCGAUGCUGAAGGAAAUGCCGGGGCAGGACUUGAGGAGCAGGGAAGAGGCGGACAGGACCAAACAGUUAGUGCUGGCCACCCUGCAGGAGGCAGCUUCCACGCAGGAGAACGUGACCUGGAGGAGGAACUGGCUGAGCAGCGGCGGAGGCAGCGGGAAGUCACUGUGAGCUGGGACCUGCACUAGUGGGCCCUGGGAGCUCUGCUCUGGCGAAGGAGUCCGAGGCGGCCUUUCUCUUCCAUGGACCUGGCGGGGAGCCCGAGCCCUGGGAGCUGCCGCCAGGUGAGCGCUUCCCCCGAAACCUUGCACUGACUGCGCAUUCACGUUGUUAUCGCGUGCCUGCGCCGUAUGUGGCAAACUGAAGGAACCAGUAAAUCACGUUCCUCCAUCCAGA